GCUCAGUGCGCAGAGGCAGAGGGAAGCAGCGCGCGCCGGCGCUCCUCGUGUCCUCGCGCUGAAGGUGAGCGUCUCAGUAGCUGCAGCAGCGGUAACGGGGUAACGGCGGUAACGCGCAGACUCUCACGUGACGGCUCUGAAGUCCUCUUACUGAAGGUGACGCGGUAACGGAUAUGCCCCGCGUCUUCAUGCUGCUGCCGGUGCUGCUGUGCGCGCGCGCGGCGGUGAUGAGCGGAGCUCUCGCGCGCCACGACGGCGGCAAUUUUCUGGACGACAAAUGGCUGAGCGCGAGAUGGGACAAAUUUCGCGACGAGGUAGAGGAACCCGGAUCAUGGAACCCUGGGAAGCCUCUUGAUCAAGCUCUGGAUCCUGCCAAAGACCCUUGCUUGAAGAUCAAAUGUGGCCGACACAAGCAGUGCGUGGCUGAAGACUACAAAACUCCAACCUGCGUCAGCCAGACGAGCUCAAAGAGUUUCAAGCCCGUGCAGGUGAAGUGUAAGAGAUGUUCACUGACACGUCCCGCACCGGUCUGUGCGUCAGACAGACACACUUAUUCUACCAAGUGUCACAUGGAAUACCAGGCAUGUGUCUCUGGAACACAGAUUACAGUGAAUUGUCUAGGACAGUGUCCAUGUACAUCAGAAUUAAACAAACCUAUGGAGAGGAAAGAGUGCAGCGAUGCUGAACUGAACAAAGUGGCGAGCAGACUGAGAGACUGGAGCAGAGACGUACAUGAGAGCAGUAAGAAGCUCAAGUUCUCCAAACCGGAAAUGAUGGACGUGACUAAAGCCCCCCUCUGUAAAGGCUCCCUGGGCUGGAUGUUCAGCAGAUUAGACAUGAACUUUGACCUUCACCUGGAUCAGUCAGAGCUGGUCGGCCUGGGUUCAGAAAAGGACAGCAUAUGCACAAAGGCUUUUCUCAGGUCAUGUGAUGUCGGCCGAGAUCAGCUCAUCUCCAGUAAAGAGUGGUGCUCUUGCUUCCAGAGACACCAGGAGUCUCCCUGCCAGGCAGAGAUAACCAACAUCCACAAACAGCAAGCUAGAAAGAAACUACUGGGGCAGUACAUCCCAUCCUGCGAUGAGGACGGCUUCUAUAAGCCUCACCAGUGCCAUGGCAGCAGUGGACAGUGCUGGUGUGUGGAUCGCUAUGGAAACAAGGUUGCUGGGUCACAGAGGAUGGGACCGGGCGAAUGCGCACUGGAAGGUUCCGGAGACUUUGGAAGCGGGGACUCGUCUCUCUCAGAUGACGAGGACGGCGUCAUCCUGAACGAUCAGGAGGACAUGGGCGAUGACGAAGAAUACGGCGACGAAGACGACGGCUACUUGUCGUAAAAUGCUGUUGCGUGUUUGUUUUUUCGUUGUUUUUUUUCUAAAGGAGGAGGGGGAAACCAAAUGCACGUUUGUAGGCGUCACUUGUAGAAACGAAGUACUAAUAUUACUAACGGCUUAGAAAAAAAAACAAAAGUAUAUUUCUUUCUCGCUGUGUAACAUUUGUAUAAAAAAAAAAAAAGAAGUGAUUAAUACAACGCAUUUUGAUUUUUGUUUUUGUUUUGAGCAUUUUCAGGAGGGAAUCUGCUGUAUCACUUUUGAGGCAGGAUUUUGGUAGGAUUACUACAGUACACACACACACACACACACACACACACACACACACACACACACACUAUGUGCAAAAAAAUCCCACUUUGAAUGAGACUCAUUAGACUCCCUUUCUGAAGGGAAAAUCACACGCAGAUCUGAUGGCGUAUUUGUAAUAGAAUUUAUAUGUAUGUAUAUUAAAUGUAAUAUAUGUUUGUUGGUGUUUUACAUUACGGAAAUCACUGCACCGUUUCGGUGUUAAAUGAACGAGUAAUUAUGCAUGAAGGAUACAGGAGUAGUGUAUUUCUAACGAUAAAGCAGAGCUACAUUAACAUGCAUAUACUGGAAAAGUGUUCACCAAAUUGCUCUCCACUGCAUCUGUAACACACACAGUGUCAUUAACACACGAAAAACCUGCCGCCUGCCGAAAAAAUUCCAAUAAUUCAUUCAUUACUGCACAACAUCUACGUUUUAACCAUUUACUGUUGCACAGUGAUGUUUUUGAAAAGUAUAAAUAAGGCAAACGAAGGCAGCGCUGACAGCGGAGACUCUCUCCGUACCUUUCCAGUGUAGUCCUGACAUUUAACCUUGCUGUGACCUUGAUUCCGUUUGGAUCGCUUGCAGGAUCUAAUCCGUUCAUUUCCUGGUUGCAGUCAGAAUUCCAGCAAAAUCCUACAAAACAAUUAACCACUCGUCUUGAGAUAUCUGACUAGAUCGACCAAUCUAGAUUGACUUCCUGAAGCUUCAUCUUCACCAAAUUGUGUUCAAUCUUAACCCAUUUGACCUUGAUCUUGACUCAACCUCUAUUUAUUUAAACUUGGUCUUGACUCAAUUUGAACUCCAUCUUGACUAUUUGUCAGCGAUUCUGACUCAUUUGAACUUGAUAUUGACUCACCGAACCUGUUUUGGCUUGUUAGAAUCUUUAUCUUGACUCAUUUGAACUUGAUUUUGACUCGCUGGAGCUCCGUUUUGACUUAUUGUCAUUUUAUCUUGACUCAAUCAAGCUUGAUUGGGACUCACUUGAACUUCAUCUUGACUUCCUGAAACUUCAUCUUCACCUCGGUCUUGACUUCAUUUAGACGUCGAUCUUGUUAAGAGAAGGCUUUUAUUGAGAAUAUCUCUGUACUUUUCUCCAUUCAGCUUUCCCUCAACCCCCGAACAACUCUCAAGUCUCUGCUGCAGUAAAACACCCCACAGCAUGAGGCUCCCACCACCAUGCUUCACUUUUUGUAUGGUUUUGGGCGGGUGAUAAACGAUGCCUGAUUUCCCCCCAGACACAACAUUUGGGUUUAGACGUCCAUCUUGGCCCAUUUGUGCCCAAUCUUGACCUUGAAGCAACCUUUAUUUAACUUUAGUCUUGAAUCAAUUAAAGCUUGAUUGGGACUUACUUGAACUUCAUAUUGGCCCAUUUUGUUUAAUCUUAACACAUUUGACCUUGAUCUUGACUCCACCUUUAUUUAUUUGAACUUAGUCAUGACUCGUUGGAACUCCAUUUGGACGUCUAUCUCGGCUCAGUCCUGAAUGUAUUUGACCUUGAUCAUGACUCAAACUUCAUUUAUUUGACCUUGAUCAUGGCUCAACCUUCACAUAUCUGUUUGAUCAUGACUCUAUUUGAACUCCAUGUAGGCGUCCUUGUCUCCAUUGUGUUCAAUUUAGACUCAUUGGAACUCCAUUUUGUUUAAUCUAACGUUCAUGUUGAAUCUGGUGGAUGUUGAGUUGAGUUGUUGAAAAUGUGAAUAUCGGAUGUGGUGAAUAAAAGAAUUCGGGUUGGAGUGCUCAUGAAACGCAAAGCAAGGCGUUAGGGGCACACUAACUCAGUGGCUGAUGAGAUACAAUUAUAAUCUUACACACACACACACACACACACACACACACACACACACACACACACACGUUUGUUUGUGCACUGGUGGCUUUUGGCGGCGACGCCAAACCUGUGAUCAGAUUCAUUGGAGCAUUUUGUGUAUCUCUCUCUCUCUCUCAUACACACACACACACACACACACACACACACACACACACACACACACACACACACAGAGUUGUUUGUUAUGUCAUCUCUUAGCUGUCCUGACCUGUACAGUGCCUUUGAGUAGAAGAGUACGAUUCUUCUAGGGAAUUUUAGCCUCCAGUGUAUUUUGUUGUCGUCUUCACUCAGUGGUGUUUCCAUUUCACAACGGACAAAAAAAAAAAAAAACGUUUCCAGACGAAUCCAGAUGUUCAGCAUGCCCACGUCUGUAACAUCGCUUCACAAGCUUUUCAUUUGACGUUUUCAUUCGAUAGCAUUUCACAUUUACACCCACGUCAGAGCGAACAAGAGCAUCUAGAAGAAAAUCCAUCCUUUCUUCCCUUACACACAUCUGUCCUGCUGUUGGUAUCGAAGUUCCAAAUGCAUUUUUUUACAGUGUAUGUAAUAUUUGCUGAAAUAAAGUUCUAUCAACCUGAA